AGUCAAGAAAUGAAAAGUUACAUGCAUACUGAAUUAAAAAAUGGAAUUUUCAUAUGAGACGCUAGAGUCAAAUUUUUCGCUUGAGCUAUUUGAUUUUCUUUGCAAAGUUGUUGGCUCCGAAAAAGACGUCCGAUCACGAAGGAUAUUCUUUAAAGUGCUAGAUCAUGCUUUACAGUACAGUCCUCAAUGGCGAGUAGUGACUAGUGGAAGUAAAGCAGAAGGCUUAGACUUACCAGGAAGCGACUUGGAUAUUAUGUAUAUCAACCAGAUGGACACAGUAUACAAUACAAAAUCUGAAAUACCGAGUGACUUGCCAUAUGCACUUUAUUUUGAUUUCGAAAAUACACCACCGGGGUAUGUAAAUAUCAAGCUUCAUCUCAAUAACAGAAGUGGGAUGCAAACUAAACAUAUGUACAUAAACUCUGACAACAACAUAUUUUUAUCAAAUGGACACUACAAACGAUUGAUACAAAACAUGUAUAAUGAUAAAGAUAGUUUCGAUGAUUCGAUGUCUUUUUCAGAGAUACAUGGUCCUUGCACCUCUUCUAUUUGUGGAUCGUAUGAUUUCUUAUCUACUUAUAAAUGUAAUUCCUGGCCGAGAAAUGCGACAGAGUGGAUAACAAGACCUCGCAGUUAUCAAUGGCCUCCAACAGAAUUAAUUGAAGAUAUAGUCCGAGAUAACGUCUUACUGGCACCUAUUGGGAAUAAGUCUAAUAACAAGAAGGAGGAUCCUUACGAAUGGAGAAUGUCUUUCUCAAUUGCAGAAAAAAUGCUUGUUCAUUCAUUUAAUCAUACACAAAUUCUGUGUUAUGCGUUACUAAAAUAUACAUUAAAAGAAGUAAUCCAUCGAAAAAUAAAGGGAACCAUGUGUUCAUACUUUAUGAAGACGGUAUUAUUCUGGAUGAUCGAAGAAUCUCAGAUUUCUGAAUGGCAACCCAAUAGGUUAUUUGAAUGCUUUCAAGCAUGCAUAAAAAGACUAAUGUUUUUUGUACAGAACAAUGUCCUUCCCAACUACUUUAUACCACAUAAAAAUUUGAUAGAAGGAAACAUUGAUGUACAGAAGAAAACGUUAUUACUUUCACUCUUGCAAACGUUCUUCACCAAUGGAAAACAUUCCUUAAGACAGAUACAAAAUUUUUCAUCAUUUUUUGAGCAUAGAGAAGCCCCUUUAUCUUCUGAAUUAUCUACUUCAAAAUAUUAUAAUGUGGACUCAAUCAUUUAUCCACUUUUACAUUAUAUGCACGGGAUUGGAUUUGGGGGUAGUAAUACUAUAUUUCAGCCAAUUUAUUGUUUAAUGGCUCAUAGAAAAUGUAAGCUCUUAAAGCACAUAUGCUUCAUUUGGUUUUCAAAACUUUGCGGAUCUUUGUUUAAGCAUUAUUCAUUUAUGAUAUGUAAGAAUAAUGAAAUAACUUUGCAAAAUCCAAAAUAUAAUAAAAUGUUUUUUUUAGACUACAAGAAAUGCCUUUGGUAUAGCGUACUAGGCUCAUUUUCUGAUUCCUAUACCGGUUGGCUCUUACUAGCCGAAUUCUUUUUUCAAUGCAAACAGCGUGAGAAAGCUUUACAAAUUAUUCAACUAUGUCAAAUAAAAAGUUCGACCGAUCAUCAAAUAAUAAAUACCGAGUUAAAGCCUUCCCCACGAAGUAGAAUGUUACAAAAAAUUGGAAAACAUUUUCUGCAGCGAUAUAAACAUUCAUGUUCUGAUUUAUUUUAUCUCAUUCCAAAGACAAAACCACAUUUAAUGUUUUAUCAUGAAGAUGUUCUUUGUCUAAGUCCUGCCAAGGACAUCAUUAUUGUCAAUCCGCAGAUACGAAUGUAUUAUUUACUUUUUCUAUGCCAUCAUUAUCUCGGGAACAAUAUUGAAAAGUGGAAGGCUCUACGACUACUGAAUGACUUUUCUCUACAACGUACAGCCUGUAUGGAAUACUGAGAUUCGUUGAUUCAUUUAUUGAAAGCAAGUUUAGUUGCUAACACAAUACCAGGUUUUGUGUUAACAGACAUUUUUCGUCACCAAUGCAAAACUGUGUUUAUGUACAUAGAUGGUUAUUUAAAACAGCUUAAGCCAAAUAUACGUGCUACGAAAAAUAUGGCAAGAGAGGAACUUCAACCCUUGAUUGAAGAGUUACCACAUCAGUACGAGCGUGAUUCUAUGCCGCCUAUUCUGAAAAAAGGUUUAAGUUUUGUAUCUGAUUUCUUAAAUAUUUAAAUGAAGAAAAAAAAAACAACGCCACAGAAGAAGUGCUGGUUACAGGGUUUGUGAUAUCCUCGGGGACACCCACCAACAGUGAUAUCAACCGAACGGUUGUAAAAACUCAUCAGCGAUACCAUACUUAUAAUUUGUACCCCAAAGAGGUCAAGAGAGGUCAAUAAAGUUUAAUGCAUUAUCACGUUUAUAUUUUAACAUGCAUGUUGUAUUAUAUUUGCAUAUAAAAAAAAAUGCACAGAAGACAGGACAUAAAAACAAUAGUAAUGUACUAGCAUAAUAACAUAAAACAUGUGAAUCACAUAAGUUCAAUCAAAACUGAAAGGUCAUGUUUUCUGUGAUAGAACAUCACGGUCAUGUUAAAUGCAAUGGAUAUAUAAAAGUGUGCGAAAGAUAUGAUACGAAAACAGAAUGUAACGUUAGAAGCUGAAACAAUAUUGAUAUGUUUAUUUUCUUCAAAUUUACUGUAUAUAAAAUGUGGAAUUAUUCUAAACACAAAGGUUUACUACGCCCAAAUAUAGAUUUCCGCGGCAGUAUUUGGCUUAAAUUUUAUAACCUUUCGGUUUUUAAAGCUCUACAAUUUCGUAUUUGAUUUGCUCUUUUGACCAUUUUAAUUCGGGCAUAUAUUUUACAUAGAUAAUAAACUGAUUUCUCUUUUGUUGUAGCUAUCUACCUCGUUGAUUUAAUUUUUGUUUUUCCACGGGAAGAUUCGAACCCCUGCUUCUGUAAGAUCCAGGCCACAUCGCUAGCACUGUGUCAAACACUCUAGACCUCCUGUCCAGCUA